CUUACACCUAUGAAAAUAGAUAUACGUAGUAGGUCCCACUCUUUUUCAUAACCGAGAGAGACCCUUCCCUUUUCUUUCUCUCGUUCUUUCUUCCGCCGCAAUCACAACCGUUGAUCCUUUCUUGAUUCAUCUCACCGGAAAUUGAACAACAAAGAUGAAUCGGUAAGGCUCCAGAGAGAGAGAGAAAGAAAGAACAGCGAUGGCGUCUCUUGUGAAGUCACCGGCGAAGACGCAACUAGUAUUAGAGAUCAACUUGAUCUCAGCACAAGGUUUGAAACCACCGUCAUCACCACGGCGAAACUUUCAAACCUACGCACUCACGUGGAUCGAUUCUUCCACCAAACUCCGAACACGAGUCGACAAAAUCGGAGGUCAGAACCCUACAUGGAACGACAAAUUUCUCUUUCGUAUCACACCGGAGUUUCUCGCCAGCGAAACUUCCGGCGUCUCUGUUGCGAUCUACGCCGUCGGUACUUUUCGUGAUCACUUAGUUGGCACUGUCAGAUUCUUAAUCAGCAACAUCCUCUCAUCCUCCUCCGCCGACUCCGGCAACAGAACUCCUUGUUUCAGUGCAGUUCAAAUACGCCGGCCGUCGGGGAGUUUCUGCGGUAUAUUGAACAUAGGAGCAAUGGUGGUAGACGGUUCAGGUUUUCCGGCACUGGAGAAAAUCUCAGCGAUAGGUUACCAUGACUUAAUGGGAGAGAAGAUAAAACACCGCCGGAAAAAGUUGUUGGAACAGAAACCGAAGGAGGUUACGGUGGCCGGAGAAGAAGUUUCAAGCGAAUCUUGCGAUGCGGAGUCAUCAGUGGAUGAAGGGUCCACAACGACGUCGUCUACUUCAUCACCCAAAACGACGGCGUUGAAGGAAUGGAAUGGAGUGAGAGAAUUAUCGGCGGGAAAUAAAGGAUUAGUGGGUUCAGGAUUCUUAUGCUGUUUGGUUGCACAGAGGAAUAGCCAUAUCAGCAGGUAACAGUGAAAAAAAGAGAAGAAAAAAAAAAACUACUCUAUGAUUAGUGGUAGUUUAUAUAGUGUAAUCAGACUUUGAUGGACGGUGGAGAUUCUCCUGGAAAAUUUAGAGUCAAAUUUAGCAACAUUUUUUCCCAUGCUUUGGGACUAUUAUGUAGUAAUUCAGUCCCUAUUAUCUUUUGUUGUUGUAGUAAAGUAGAGUACACUACACUACACUCUGUUUUCAAGUUUUUUACUUGUUGCUUUUUAGUAAUUCAAUCAUUCAAAAAUACAUAAUAAAGUUUAGAAGGACAAUUUUCCAUGACAAUACUAGUGAGAAGUUUUAAAUUUUGAUGGUGGUUUAACUAGUAAAAUCACAAGCCAAAUUUGUCAA